UGUCCAUUCCACAAUUCACGACAACCAUUUUAAAAAUUAUAUUAUUUUUGACUUAAGUAUAUGAAAAAUAAGGAAAAAUAUUUUUAAUAAAAAAGUAAUGAAAGUACUUUCUCAGCAGUGAAAGGUGACAGUGAAAGUGUGAAUUUGAUAUUUUUGAGAAAUAUUAUCGGUUUUUAUGUCCAAAGGAUCUUAUCAAAGUUUCUAGAAGUCGCACAAUUAAUUACCAUACUAGUAAUAGAAGGUAUGAGAACAUGUGAGAAUUGAAGAAUUUCAUACAAACGACCAAAAGACGGCAGGAUGACGAAAAUACUAGAAAUUUUGACGCCAAAAUUAACGGGACGAGCUCAUAUUUAUAGACAGGUGCUGGCCACAUUUGCAUCGUCUCUGUUGUCCCUCGCUGGAGGUAUCACAUUUGGGUUCACGGCGGUCCUGCUGCCACAACUAAAGACUGACACAAACUUCCCUUACGAUGAAGUUUAUGACUCAUGGAUUGCCUCUAUCUCUCCGCUGGCCAUGAUGAUGGGGUCUCUGUUCUCUGGCUGGAUGAGUGACGGCGUCGGUAGGAGGAUGGGCCAGCUCAUCCUUAUCGUACCGUUCACACUCGGCUGGUUUAUCAUGGGCGUGGCUAACAACAACGCAGUCAUGCUGAUAGGAAGGUUCAUCACUGGAAUGUGCACGGGAGCCGUGAGAGCAAACAGCAUGGUCUACAUCGGAGAAUUAUCUGACCCGAAGCACAGAGCCGUGGCCCUCUUCUGGCCCUCAGCUGCCAUCCACAUAGGAGUCCUAAUCAGCCAUCUAAUAGGCAAAUAUACCUAUUGGAAAACCAGUUGCUUGCUUUUCACAGUACCCAACAUUCUUUGUUUCUUAAUCCUACUAUUCUUGAAAGAAAGCCCGCUAUGGUUGCUUUCGAAAGGUAAAAUCGAUGAAGGCAUACAAUCCUUCAAAGAAUUUAGAGGUGAAGGAGAAAGUUCGGAGAAGGAACUCACAAGUGCUAUAGAGAAGAAUAAAGAAAAAGCGGAAGAAACUACGACAUUCAGAGAUAUACUUGACAUUGUAUUUAGUAAGCCGUUCGCGAAGUCGAUAGCGACUAUAGUGUUAUUGUUUAUCGCGGUACAAUGGUGCGGUAUCAACACUAUAUCAUUCUACGCUGAAACUAUCUUUGAAAAGACAUUCGGUGGUGAUAUUGAUGCAUUUAUGUUGACGAUAGUUACUGAUUCCAUUAGAAUCAUAGCAGCUAUCAGUAUUUGUAUGUUUGCUAGGAUGAUUCCUCGUAAAAUCACGUUUGUAGUUUGUUCUAUAACGACAACUGUUGUGUUGGUAGGACUGAUUUUAUGUUUGUAUUUGAAUCCUUCUGGGUUAGUGUGGGUGUCUGUAACUUGUAUGGUUAUAUACAUAGGUAUGGCAAGUGCAUUGACAUCUAUUUCAUGGUCAUUUGUAGCUGAAAUAUUCCCUGCGAAAGUUCGUGGCCUCGGUUCUGGCAUGAGCUCGGCUAUAUCAUUUGUUUUAUUGUUCAUUUCUGUGAAGGUCACUCCAGAGAUUAUGUAUAAGUUUGGGGAACAAGUAAUGUAUGCUAGUUUUGCGAGUGUUACGUUAUUUAGUAGUAUUUUCUUAAGCUUUAUUCUGCCGGAGACUAAUGGUAGAAGUUUACAGGAUAUUGAAGAUUCGUUGUACAAAAAGAAACCAGCUGAAAAUAAGGAUAUAAACUUAGCAACAUUAGAAAAUGCAGCGAAAUAAUAAUUAGGUGAAUAAUAAUUGUAGACAGGUGUUCAAUAUAAUGUAAGUAGGUAUAUCUAAUUGUAAAUAUGUAUGACAAUAAUAUUAUUUAUAAAUUAUGAAUAAAUAAGAAAUUAAGUACCAAACAAGCCUUUGAUUUCAUGCAAAAACCUUCUAAACGUGGUAAUAAUAAUAAAUUACCACAGAUAUUAUAGUGCUAUUACAUGUCGGCCAUGUUGGAAUAGCAGAUAAAUAGUUUAUACCACCAGUGUGUUUUAUUUAUUUAUGUCUUCAUCUAAAUUAUCUAAUUAUUCGGAGCUGAGUAUAUAAAACUGCGACAGACAACAGGGACUCGAGCAGCGCUAUUAUUAAAAUCUUCGUGACUUCUGGGAUCCUCAAGCUGGGUGCUAAGCACGGCACACCUUCCGUGUAGAGAGCAUUUAACAGUGGAACUACUUCGGCUGAUAAUAAUUUAUCAUCAACAAAGUUGUUUCAUUCAAUAAGCAAUGGAAUACAAUUUUAGCAAGCAAACGUACGAGAAAACAUCCCAAAAUAGUACCGUGUUUAAAAAUAUUAGCCACUUGCGUAAUAUUUAUGUUUCUUUUAUUUCUGUUGACUUUAUUUUACAGAGAAGGUAAAUUAGUUCGUUUAUUUACAAUGUUUUGUGGACUACGGCGAGCGCUCACUCGUAUAAAUUCUGAAUAAGGAAUAUCUUCGAU